AUGGUUUCUACUGGAUGCCAAAGGGCUCUGGGAUAUUUUCUUGCUGGUAUUCUUGUAAAAGCCCAGAUACCACAGGACUCUACACUAUCUCCAGUGUUGAUCAACUUCUACAUGAAAGUGCCAAAGCGCCCCGGCCGCGCUCGGAGCGCCGCGCGUGGAAGCCGCUUCCCCUCCCCGUGCGUGGGCGCCGAGGACGCGCCUCUCCCUCGUUCGGGAAGGCUCGCCGCAGAUGCCGUGCCGCCGCCGCCGCCGCUAGCGGAGCCCUUCUUGCCCCCACUCAGUGCGAGCGGGUGGAUAACCAUGAGCAGCUAUGAGGAGGUGAUUAGUGUGAAUAAAUGCUAUGUACCUGGACAGCUACUUGUGACUGACUCUGAAUGCCUGACAUACCUGCUAGAAGAAUGGAUUGUUCUGAAAUAUCUUCUAUAUAUGAUCAUCUGUAUAAUACUUCUAUGGUGUAGCAUUGCAGUAUUUUCUAGUAUUGUUCCUUUAUGCAUUAUGCUUUUUAUCUACCUUUCUGCUUUAUUCCUCCUGAUCUAUCAGAGGACUCAUAAACUAAAUGGACCUUAUUACAGUGAUGCAUGGAAUGAUGUACGAUUAAUUUUAUCAACCAUAUGGGAUGGAUUUGCAAGAUUUUGGCAUGGAUAUGAACUACAUGGCACAGAAAAUCUGCCAGAUGGACCAGGUUUAAUUAUUUAUUACCAUGGAGCAAUACCAAUAGACUACCUGUACUUUUUAACUAGACUUUUUGUUCUGAAACGCCGAUUUUGUUACUCACUAGCUGAUGACUUCCUGUUCAAGUUUCCAGGUAUUAGAGCAUUAGCAGCUAUGAUGAACAUUAUCCGUAAUACAAAAGAAGGGGGCUUAAAUGUUCUAAAAAAGGGACAUCUACUGGGAAUUUCACCAGGAGGCGUUAGAGAAGCACUCUUUAGUGAUGAAUCCUACAAACUCGUUUGGCAUAAACGUACGGGCUUUGCUCAAUUGGCUGUGGAUGCUAAAGUGCCCAUCAUUCCUAUGUAUACGCAAAAUGUACGGGAAGGAUUUAGAGUUUUUGGACGAACAAUACUAAGUAGGUGGCUAUAUGAAUAUGUUAGAUGGCCUGUCCUUCCUCCAUAUGGUGGAUUUCCUGUCAAAUUUCGUACCUACAUUGGAGAGCCUAUUCCAUAUGAUCCAAAUGUAACUGCUGUGGAAUUAGCCAUAAAGACCAAGGCUGCACUCCGGUCAUUAAUUCAAAAGCACCAGCAAAUUCCUGGAAACAUCUGUGAUGCUUUAAAGGAAAGAUUUCACAAGGAAAAGAAAGGCUAA